CUUUGCAUCAGGAUAGCGACAUGGGCUCCGGGGACAGUUUGAGCAGAAUUGCUGCUCUGAUUGGAAUCUUUGUCGUUUUGAAGGUGCAAGCUGUUCCAACACGUACCGGUGAUUAUGCAGAUGCUGGUGAACUGAGGGACGACAUACUAGAGAUCAAUAGAGGGUUAAACCACCUGUUUGAGGGAGACAUCGCUAUUGAUCCAAGCAGGAAUGCAAUCCUCGAUCAAACACGGAGAUGGAAGUUCCCCAUUCCCUAUAUCUUAACUGAUUCUUUAGAACUGAAUGCUAAAGGUGUGAUCCUCCAGGCUUUUGAGGAAUACCGUUUGAGAUCCUGUGUGGACUUCAAGCCCUAUGAGGGAGAGAGCAGCUACGUCUCCUUCACCAAGCUGUCCGGAUGCUGGUCAUAUGUUGGAGAUGAUAGAACAGGCCAGAAUGUUUCCAUUGGAGCCAGGUGUGACACCAAGGCCAUUGUGCAGCACGAGCUCCUCCAUGCUCUGGGCUUUUAUCAUGAACAGUCUCGCUCAGAUAGAGAAGACUAUGUCAAAAUCUGGUGGGACCAGAUUGAAGAAGGGAUGGAGCACAAUUUCAACAAGUAUGAGGAUGACUUCAUCACUGAUCUGAACACGCCAUAUGAUUACGAGUCCAUCAUGCACUACAGGCCGCUGUCCUUUAACAAGAACGACAGCAUCCCCACAAUCACCACCACCAUACCGUAUUUCAAUGAGGUCAUUGGCCAGCGUCUGGACUUUAGCGCUGUAGACAUCACCAGGCUCAACCGCAUGUACGACUGUGCCAACACACACACUCUCUUGGACCAGUGCUCCUUUGAGCUGAUCAACAUUUGUGGAAUGAUCCAGAACGAGGAGGACAACGCAGAUUGGGUCCAGACGCUGAGCAGUCCGACUGAUACAGACCACACGGAGGCAGGGCGCUGCAGAGAUUCUGGCUACUUCAUGAAGUUUGAAACAUCUUCCGGUCCAGUGGGAAGCAGUGCCUUGCUAGAGUCACGCAUCCUCUACCCGAAGAGAGACGAGCAGUGCUUGGAGUUCUUCUACAAGAUGACCGGAGCAGCUGGGGACAAACUGGUGAUUUGGAUCAGGACUGACGAUGGGACCGGGACUGUGCGCAGUGUCAGGAAGAUCCACACCAUAACAGGAAGUGGAGAUGCUGCCUGGAAAAUAGCCCAUGUGACUCUCAAGGUGACAGAGAAGUUCCGCUAUUUCUUCCAAGGCGUCAGAGGGUUGUCCGGCUCUUCGGGUGCCAUCUUAAUCGACGACAUCACCCUUACUGAGACCAUUUGCCCCAGCGCUGUCUGGCAAAUCAGCAACUUCACAGGCAUUCUCGCCACCACUCCUCUUGGCAUUGCGUUAAAAAGCAAGUGCUUCUACAACUCAGAUGGCCACUCAUUUGGUAUCAGUGUUUACCCAAAUGGAAAAGAGAGUGCCUACCCAGACUAUGUUGGCAUGACCUUGCACCUCUGCAGUGGGGAAAAUGAUGCAGUGAUGCAGUGGCCAGCCGAAAACAGGCAGGCAACCAUCGUUGCUAUGGACCAGGACCCUGAUGUGAAACUGAGAAUGUCUUCUACAAGAAGCUUCACCACAGACGCUGAUCCCCGUUGGAACAGACCAACAGAUACUUCAGGUGCAGUGUGGGAUGUUGACUGCCAGUGCUUCCGCGGUCAAGACUUUGGCUGGAGCACUUUCAUUUCUCACAAGCACCUGCACAGGAGGAGCUUCCUCAAGGACAAUGACCUCAUCAUCACUGCCGACUUCAAUGAUUUGACCCACCUGAUCAAGACUGAGGUGCCUGUCAAACCGGCCGCACGGAACAAUGACAUCACAGACGAGGAGCCAAUCAGCGAGGCGGACUUGAGACCGGAGGUUUCAAAACACAGAGAAGCCCGUGCUGCCAACCCCUGUCGUCCCAACCCUUGUUUCAACGGAGGCGUGUGUGUGGAGAGUGAAGGGAAAGCCUCAUGCAGGUGUGCGUCAACCCAGACCACCUACUACGCUGGUAAGAGGUGUGAGGAACUGAACAUGGACAGAGGCAUCGUGGGAGCUCUGAUUGGUGGCGCAGCAGGGACCGUGAUUCUGACACUGGCCAUCUUCACCGUCAUCAGGAGAUCGCAGUGAAACACGUGUCCUCUGCGUUAAUUCAGCAGUGGAAUCACAGAAAAAAAAUCUGCCUAUACAUGAAAGAAAAGGGUUUGUAUCAGUUGAUAUGUUAAUUUUUUGGGACACUAAUUGAUGUGAAUCUGAUGUAUCCCUACAUGAAAAAAAUCUGUACAAGCCCUAACAACCAUAGGGGUUAACUUCAACUGUCAAAUUCCUCGUUCUCUCAAACUAACAACAUCUUGCAGGAGAGCAUGAGUUUGUUUAAAAAAGAAUCAUAUGUGGUCAGCUAAAUUGAUUCUUCUAUGAAAAAUGUGUAGUUUGGAUUGAAACUUCUCAAUCAUGCCUAGUGUAAUGAACAUACAAAUACAUUGUAUUCCUUGUCUUUAUUUCGAUACAUAUUUUUUUAUACAUACAGUGA